AUGAAAGCCUUGCCUAUCUUUGCACUUUUCAUUUCAGCUCUUAUCUUAAGUUCUGUUUAUUUGACUUAAAAAUAAACAAUCUAUGAUGUUAAUGAGGAACAGACUUGCCAUAAUAUAGAGUAUUAAGAGGUUUUGGGAACUACUAUUGAACGUAUCAAAAAUAUAUGCAAGAAAAGUUUGAUUUUUACUAUUGAAUACAAAGAAAAUAAAAAUGUUACAUAGAAAGACACUAAGUGCAUCAAACCUAAUGAAGAUAGCAUUGUCGGAAGUUAUUUUGGCGAUGAAUACACAUCUUUUAGAGUUACUGGAUACAAGGAAUGUUGA